CACUUCGCCUUUUUCCUCUCACUCCCUCUAAUCCAUUUUUCCCCAAAUAUUUUUUUGACUCGUAUACCUAGUCGCGCAUGCAUACAUAGUACCAAUUCAACGUUUUUAAUUAAUCUUUUCUCUCCCUCUCUCUCUCUCUCUCUCUCUCUCUCUUUUUUUUUUUUUUCCUCUUUCAAUUUUAGUCCCAUUAUCACUGAAUUCCUUUUCCCCCCCAUACUUUGAUCCCUAUUAUCAUCAGAGCAAGCACGUGCAUGAGAACGUUUUCAUGAUACAAGGAUGUCCAGUCCAGCUUCAAAAGCCAGUUGGACACCUGGAUUCCAUAGAAUAUUUGUUGAUUUAUGCCUUGGAGAAAUGCUGAAGAAUGAGCCCGGGUCGACGCGAAUUACCAAGGCGGGUUGGAGGAACAUUGUUGGAUCCUUUUAUGCAAAGACUGGUGUGAGAUAUGACAAAAAGCAAUUUAAGAAUCACUAUGAUUCUACCAGAAAGCUAUGGAAAGUCUGGGUCAAGUUGACUGAUGAUAGUAGCAUGAAGUGGGAUCCAGAAACACGAACGUUCGGUGCGUCCGAGGAAGACUGGCAAAAUUAUGUAAAGCAGGUGAUACCAGAAGCGGCACAGUUUCAGUCUAAGGAAAUCCAGUUUAAGGACAAACUGGAUAUCAUCUUUGAUGGAGAAAAUCAUAUCGAGGAAAUGAAAAGGCUUGCAAGUCUCAAGCGGCAACAUGAUGCUUCAGCUACAUCUACUUUGCGCGGAAAAGAGCGGGAGAAGAAACGCAAGAAUGUUAGUAGGGAUUAUGAAUCUGAUAGUACCAUUAUGGUUGACUAUGUGCCAACACCAAAAGCGUCUUGGACACCUACAUACCAUAAAAUAUUUGUUGACUUGUGCAUUGAAGAAACAUUGAAAGGGAACAAGUCUGGAACACAUUUUACCAAGGAGGGCUGGAGGAAUAUUGUUGGAUCCUUUACUACAAAGACUGGGAUGAGAUAUGACAAAAAACAAAUUAAGAAUCACUAUGAUUCAACCAGAAAACUAUGGAAAAUCUGGGAUAAGUUGAUUGGUGAUGAUAACAUGAAAUGGGACCCACAAACCAAUAAGUUUGGUGCUUCUGAGGAAAACUGGCACAAUUUUAUAAAGGCAUUCCCAGAAGCUGCACAAUUUCGGUUUAAGGAACUUCAGUUUUCUGACAAAUUAAACAUCAUCUUUGAUGGAGCUAUGCCAACUGAGGAAAUGAUAACGAGGCUUAAAAGGCAGAAUGAUGCUUCAGCUACAUCACGUGGAAAAGAGCGAGAGAAGAAGCGUAGGAAUGUUUUUCGGGAUUGUGAAUUAAAGAGUGCCAUUAUGGUUAAUGCUAUCCCAAUCAGUACAGUUCCAAGUGAGCAGAGCAUGUCUAGUUCAUCACAUCCCAAGGUCAAAGCUGCAUGGACACCGUCAGUGCAUAAGAUCUUUGUUGAUCUAUGUCUCCAAGAGACAUUAAAGGGGAAUAAGCCUGGGACACAUUUCACGAAGGAAGGUUGGAAGAACAUUAUGGAUUCAUUUUAUGCAAUAACUGGUUUGAAUUAUGGUAGAUUACAACUUAAGAAUCACUGGGAUUCUACCAAGGAACAAUGGAAAAUUUGGUGUAAGCUUAUUGGCACCAGUUACAUGAAAUGGGAUCCAUCUAACAAGAAAUUUGAGGCUAGUGAAGAAGGCUGGAUUAACUAUUUACAGGAAAACCCAGAAGCUGCGCAAUUCCGCUUUAAGGAACUACAAUUCACUGACAUAUUGGAAACCAUCUUUAAUGGAACUACUGUUACUGGGGAGACUGAACCUGCUGCUUUGCAACAAAGGAAAAGUGAUGAUAGCGUUAUUACUUUCCCCUUGCACUCAAAAGAACUCGACACAGCCAACUUAGACGUGAAAAUUGAAUGUCGUUGUGAUGCUGUUGCAUCAAGAAAUGGUGUCAGUAUUCAAAAGAAUGCUAGCGCAGUUUCAUCCACUGAAAGCAAACGUAAUUAUAGUAUCGGUGAAUGCAUUGAAUGCCUUGAUAAAAUGGAAGAAAUAGAGCAAGGAAGUGAUCUUUACAUGUUUGCUUUAGAUGUAUUUCUUAAGCAGGAAUAUAGGGAAAUUUUUCUGCAAUUGAAGAAGUCUAAUUUGAGGAUAUCGUGGUUGCAGCGGCUUCAGUCUGGUGGUCCACCUUCUCUCUAGGUUUUUGUCAUACUUUAAUAUUUUCUUGUUACAGUACUUUGUAGAAGGUGGACUUUAGGCAGUGGUCUGUUCCUAGCAAUACGGUGAUGGUAGAAAUUUUCAGGGGUACUACAAAUGUGAGUUACUUGGAAGCUUAAAAGUGUAUAUCGAUAACUCAUUGAUGUAAUAAUACAAUAGCUCAUAAAUGAUAGUGGAGUUUCUUUUC